AUGGCUGCUGUGAUGAAAGGUAAGGAGUCGUUUGCUCAAGCGAAAAUUUCAACAAGUGCACGAGGUGAUGGCCCAAAGGUUGACAAGCCUAGCUCUAUUUGGGAUGCGUGCAUAUCUGAUCUGCUUAAUACGAACUUCCUAUUGAGCUCGUUUGCUUGUGUUGGACUAGUUGAUCAUCUACGUCAAGUAGGAGAUCUUGGCAUAUUUUCAAGCCUUUCUCCGCUGCUGGCCAAGUUUAAUGCCUACCGAGAAGCUGCUCAUGAAUCCAAGUCUGAAGUCAUUGUUCAUGCUUACAAGUCGGGCUACUUAGAUUGCAAGAGAGGAGAUGCUCCUUAUCACUCCAUUGAAGAUGAGGAUGAAGAUGAAACCAAGGAUGACGCAACUAAAGAGGCAGAGGUUGAUGCUGUGGAGCAAGUAGUCGAGGUUGAUGAGCUCGUGGCCACAGCUGGUGAGCAUGCAGUCACAAUUGAUGAGCAGCUGACUACAACUGAUGAGUAG